AUGCCUGUCACAAAAUCUCCAACAUUUCAACCUAACAAUCAAGGAUUCCUGAUAGAAUCUACAACGUUACACCCAACUCUCAGACCUUCGACGAAUGAAAUCAUGACAGACUUUCCCACCUUUAAACCUAUUGACGAAACACCAUCACCUACACCCAAACCAACAUUGAGCCCUUCCCAUGCGCCAACAUCUGGUCCCACAGGAAAGCCAACUCUUAGCCCAACCUUCUCACCCACACUCAUUCCUACCUUCUCACCAAGCUCUUCGCCCACUUCGUUGCCGCCUUCCGAAGUAAUCGACACAUCUCCCCCAAGUGUGUCGCCAUCAGGAAUUGCAACGACAUCUCCGACCCCACAACCUACAACAAAAUCGCCCACAUGGACACCAACAUUUGCUCCAACAACAUCGCCAACAUGGACGCCAACGGAUGCACCAACAUUUGAGCCUCUCCAAGAAGAGUACAUUCCGGGUCUUUUGGUCAAUCAACGGGAAGGACUGCUGUUGUCGUCCGGUCUGACGGCACGCAUCAUUGCCGUGACAGGUAGUCCCGUCAUAUACGACAGUCCUCUCGCUCCUCGACUUGCGAACAACAACAACAAUAAUGAUCGACAACUCGAAUCGGAGGUGGUCUUUCAUGAUUGGCCGGAUGGGGGAGCCGUCUUUGCCGACACCAACACGAGCGGGAAUCCCGGGGGAUGGAUCUAUGUGUCCAAUUCGGAACACGACGAUGAGGGAGAAGGUGGUGUGGGCGCCAUUACCUUUGACCAGCACGGGCUCGUUGUCAAGUAUGAACGAGUAUUGGAAGGGACUACAAUGAAUUGUGGUGGGGGACGGACACCAUGGCACUCGUGGAUUUCUUGCGAAGAAUACGGGGAUGGAGAUGGCAACAUUUACCAGGUGGAUCCUGCAGGCAUACGACCACCGGAAAAACUGACUCUGGGAAUGGAAGGGGGCGAUUGGGAAGCCUUUGCGUAUGAUGUACGAAAUCGAGAGCUGCCAUACUUCUUUGUCACCGAAGACACGAGCGACGGUGCCCUGCAGCGUUUCCUGCCCGAACUAGUCGAUUGGGACCGCGAUCCUUGGAAGAUGCUCCAUGGCAAUGGUACGGUGGAGUACCUCGUCCUAACGCCAAGCUUUCUGGACGACUCCAGGGGAACCUUUCGGUGGACAACCAAUCGAGAAGAGGCGCAGGAGAACGCCAAUGAUAUAUACCCCAACACAGAGGGAAUCGAUGUGCACAACGGAAUCAUGUACUUUGUCUGCAAGGAAAUCAAAACGAUGUUCCAGCUGGACCUGGACGCAUUUGUUUACACCCGUCGGUCAACCGAAUCGGGGGCUUUCAGUGGCGAACCCGAUCAACUGCGAAGGAUAAUCACAACGGGAGAAGAGGGAGAGCAAGACACGAAUAAUAAUCACUUUCUCUUUUUCACUGAAGAUGGAGGUGAUGCAGCAGGGAUCCACGGCCGUGACGAGACGGGAUUGUUCUUCACAGUGCUGGAGAGCACCGAAUACAGCGAUGAAACAACUGGAUUGGCCUUUACUCCAGACUACACCCAUCUCUAUAUUGCCUACCAGAACGAUGGUAUCCUGUUUGAUAUCACACGCAUUGAUGGGCAACCGUUUCAUGCCAAGUCUUUGAACAUCAAGUACCAUGCUACCGAUACAACAUGA